CAUUAGCAACGUCAUAUUGCGACCGGAAAAUUUAACCACGUCUUUUUUUAACAAAUAUAGCAUGGAUAAUUAAUGGCUAGCGAAAAUUCAGGCUGUUUUAUUUGGCUCAUAAGUUUUAAGAAGUCUUGCAACGAAAGGUUUGCAAGAUUUCGAAACCGCUUGCGCCAAAGAUACUAUGCAAGAAGAGGCAAAACUCUUGACCCAGAAACCCUGUUAAAUGAAACAGGUACUGCCGACAUGGUCGUCGGAAAGAUUGCCAGCAAGUCAAACAAAGUCGUUCCUCAAAAGUUGUCAUCUAAGAAUGACGAUGCUGUUGAUACAGAAAUUACAACAGUGACAGAGAUCAUUGCAGACGACAAUAACACAGCAGACGACAUACUUGUUGCAGAAUACGUGACAAGCAUCAUAAACAAGGCAGCCGACAGUCUGAGACAGGAGUUGCCUAGCAACACAACGACUGUAACUGUGAGGCCAGCAGACGACAACAUAUCAUUGUCCUCCAGUAUCAUAAGCCAAAUUGCUGAUAUGGCUGUCACGGAGAGCCUGUCAAAUAUUGUGACAUAUGCCGACAUCAACCAGUCUGCUAUUAGAAAGGCUAAAACUAUCAAAGAAUUCAAGGAAGCAUUUGGCAUAACCGGAUGUGACGUCACUGAUGACGGUCUUCCACCUGUAAGCGUGUAAGAGUACAAGAAGAAGAAGAAACUGCGUGCAUGUGUGUGUGUUUAUGUGUGUGUUAUUUUUGUAUGUGUAUUUGUUUUGUUGUGUCUUUGUUUUGUUUGUUUCUGUCUUUGUAUUCUUUGUGUUUGUCUUUGCUUUGUUUGUUUGUUUGUUUGUUUGUUUGUGUCUCUUUUAUUUCUUUUUGCUUUAUUUGUUUGUUUUCAUCUUCAUUUGUUUCGUGUUCUGCUUAGGCAUCGACUCAUUUUUUACCAUAUCGUUGUCAUAAAAAUGUUUCUGUAUUUUAUUUUUACCAAUAAA